AUGACAUCCUCUCGUUCUUCAACGGCUUUGUGCCGUGAUCUGGAUAAUACCCUACGUAUCGAUGCGGGAUCGUGUCGUGGCGGUUUUGAUUUCUCGCUUUUGUUUGAAGAGACGAUUCUCGAAAUCUUACCUAUUCUAUUAAUCCUAAUCACUAUUCCCAUCCGUCUGUGGCAUCUGUCCUCGAGACGGAACAAGGUCAUUGGAUCAUGGUUGAUCUUCAUCAAGCUUGUAAGUUCCGGGCUUCUGGGUGUUGAGGAGCAUCGAGCAGUCAGCAUUGCUCCCAAAAGGGAAUUGCAGCUAAUACCCCUCUCCUAUCAGAUAUCUUGGUUGGCACUCUUAGCACUUCAAAUUACACAAACAGCCUUGUGGGCCCUUCCGGCAGCCGAUAGCACCAGAGCCUCAGUCCCAGCCAAUGUGAUCCUGUCCGUCGGUGUCGUCGCUCUCGGUCUGCUGUCGUAUGCAGAACACAUGCGCUCUGUGAGACCGUCGUUCAUUUUAAACACGUACCUCUUCUGCAGCCUCCUUUUCGAUAUCGCUCGGUCCAGAACGCUAUGGCUUCGCAGUGUGGAUACAUUCAACGAUACCAUUGCCAUUGUCACCACAGUCGCCGUGGGUGUCAAAUUGGCUCUCUUCCUCCUGGAGGCGGUGGAGAAGAGACACAUCCUCAAACCCGAAUACGCUGAUUAUCCUCCUGAAGAUACUGCGGGUUUCUACAACCGGGCUGUGUUCUGGUGGUUGAACCCCCUGUUCAAGAUUGGCUUCAAUGGUGUGCUCCGUGUGGACGACCUGUCCUCCUUGGACAAAGAACUAAGUUCCGAGCGUUUACUGGCUCAAUUCGAGGAGAAAUGGAGCAAAGUGACAAAGAAGUCGCCCAAUACCCUUCAAUGGGAGUCUGUCAAAGCUGUCAAAUGGCCUCUCCUCGCCGGAGUCCCGGCAAGAGCCUGCGUUGUGGCCUUCAACUUCUGUCAGCCUUUGCUUCUGGAGCGGUCACUCUCGUUCUUCAAUUCGCCAGUGAACAAGAGCACCGAGAACAUUGGAUAUGGGCUCAUUGGUGCUUACAUCAUGGUUUACGCUGGUUUGGCGGUUUCAAUGGGCCAAUAUCAGCACCUCACCUACCGCGGCAUCACCAUGGUUCGCGGUGUUCUUGUCACGAUGCUCUACAAGAAAGCAACAUGUCUGACUCUUGGGGAAACCGACCCCGCCAACUCCCUUACUUUGAUGAGUGCAGAUGUGGAGCGCAUCACACAGGGCUGGCAAACCAUGCACGAGAUCUGGGCCAACUCAAUUGAGAUCGCUUUGGCUAUCUACCUUCUUCGGAUUCAACUCGGAGUCUCCUGUGUCGUUCCUGUUUGCGUUGCUCUUUUCGCUCUCAUCGGAUCCUUGGUUGGCAUGUCCUUCGUCGUCGCCCGGCAAGCCAAGUGGCUGGAGGCUAUCGAGAGGCGUAUCUCGUCUACUUCUGGUAUGCUUGGUUCCAUCAAAGGGGUCAAGAUGCUUGGCUUGCAGGAUUCCUUCAUGAAGUUCAUUCACGGUCUUCGCAUCAGCGAACUCGAUAUCUCUAAAAAGUUCCGUACACUCCUGGUCUACAACAUGGCUUUCGCCUGGUUGACUCGGAUCUUUGCUCCGAUCUUCACUUUCGGUGUUUAUGUUGGUAUCUCCAGCGAGCCCUUGAACGUCUCUCGGGUCUUCACAUCGCUGUCUCUCUUCUCGCUCCUGGCAGACCCUCUCUUGACCUUGGUGAUGGCGCUCAUGUCAUUCGCUGGCGCCGUCGGGUCUUUCCAGCGUAUCCAACGGUUCUUGGAAAAAGAGAACCAUGCCGAUCGGAGACGCAGCCCCUCUCAGACUCUUUUCCUCGAUGACCUCGGUGAGAAGCGGCUGCUGUCAAAGGCUGGAGACCUUGAGCUAUCCUCGAACAACUCGGACUCCGUCGAGUCGCUGGGUAAGCGCUCCAGUGCUUUGUCAUCUGUCAAUGCCGUCGUGGUCCGGAGUGGAAGCUUUGGCUGGGACGCCGGGAAGACUCCCAUUGUGAAAGAUAUCAACAUUACCAUUUCUCAAGGCAGCUUCGCUGUUCUUAUUGGACCAUCUGGAUGCGGCAAGACUACUCUGCUCAAAGCUCUUCUCGGAGAAAUCCCUUGUGCCGAUGGCAAGGUUGAGCUCGCAUCUCCCAGCGUUGCAUACUGUGACCAGACUCCGUGGCACAUGAAUGGUACUAUCAAAGACAGCAUCGUUGCGAUGUCCGACUAUGACCCCAGAUGGUAUUCGUCCGUGAUUCAGGCCUGUGCUCUGGAGGAAGACCUCUCGCAGUUCCCUCGCGGGGAUGCGGCCGUCAUUGGAAGCAAGGGUAUUGCCCUCAGUGGAGGCCAGAGCCAACGUAUCGCACUGGCGCGAGCAGUUUAUGCCCGGCGAAAGAUUAUCAUCCUCGACGAUGCCCUGAGCGGUCUUGACGCUACCACGGAGAACCACAUCUUCCACAGCCUCUUCGGACACAUGGGACUUCUGAAACAGGUCGGAGCGUCAGUCAUUGUCGCCUCAUCCUCGGUCAAGCGCCUUCCCUACGCCGACCACAUCAUCGUCUUGGACACAGCCGGUCGAAUCUCGGAACAGGGAAGCUUCGGUGCUCUCAACAAGACUGGCGGAUAUGUGUCAAGCUUCGGACUCGGGUCGCCUGACUGGGACUACAAGCCUAAGCGGUUUACCGAGUCUCCCAGUUACUCUAGUAUCGACACCGUCGAGAAAGAAAAGCUGGCACUGCUUGACGAGCCGGCGCAUUGCGAUCGCGGUGGUGACCUCGGAAUUUACACAUACUACAUCAACGCAAUCGGCUGGGUCCCGGCAACCAUCUUCAUGGUCGCCAUGGCCGGCUUCGUCUUCUGCAUCUCUUUCCCGAGCAUCUGGCUGAAAUGGUGGGCCCAGUCCGACACCGCACGUCCCAAGCAGGAGAUCGGCCACUAUCUCGGUAUCUACGUGAUGCUCGGCUGUAUCGCCAUGCUCGCACUGAUUGUCGGCUGUUGGCAAAUGAUCAUCACCAUGGUCCCUAAGUCCGGCGAGAACUUCCACCGUAGGCUGUUGACCACUGUCCUCAGUGCCCCGAUGCUGUUCUUCUCCACGACCGACAGCGGCGCGAUCCUCAACCGAUUCAGCCAAGACUUGCAGCUCAUCGACAUGGACCUUCCCAUUGCCGCGAUCAACACCGUCGCUACCUUCUUCCUCUGUUUGGCACAGAUGGCUCUCAUCGGUGUCUCCUCCAAAUACGCCGCGAUCUCUUUCCCGAUUGUGAUGGGUAUAUUGUUCCUGAUCCAGAAGAUGUACCUGCGCACUUCACGCCAGCUUCGUUACUUGGACAUCGAAGCCAAGGCCCCGCUAUACUCUCACUUUACCGACUGCCUCCAAGGACUUGUGACCCUACGGGCCUUUGGGUGGCAACAUGCGAUGGAAAAGAAGAACAUUGCUCUCCUGGACCACUCGCAACGACCCUUCUACUUCAUGUUCGCUAUCCAGCGCUGGCUCACUCUGUCACUCGACAUGGUCGUCGCGGGCAUCGCGGUUCUUCUGAUUGUCUUGGUUGUCGCUCUACGUGGAACAUCCCUCAGUGCCGGCUACGUGGGUGUCGCUCUCUUGAACGUGAUCCAAUUCAGCCAGAGCAUCAAGCUCCUCGUCACCUUCUGGACGAGCUUGGAGACCCACAUCGGUUCUAUUCAGCGAAUCAAGGACUUUACGUCCACUGUCGAGUCGGAGGAUCAACCUGGUGAGGACCAGGAUGUACCCCCUAACUGGCCUUCGAAGGGUGCCGUCGCCUUCCACUCCGUCUCUGCCGCCUACAGGCCCUCCGAGCCAGUCCUCAACGAGGUCUCUCUAACCGUCCAAGCUGGCGAGAAAGUCGGCAUCUGUGGACGAACCGGAAGCGGCAAAACCUCUAUGAUCAUGAGCAUUUUCCGAAUGAUGGAACUCAUCAGCGGCACCAUCACCGUAGAUGGUGUGGACAUCAGUCACCUUCCCCGACGGGAGAUCCGCUCGCGCAUCAACGGUGUCUCACAAGACUCGCUCCUCUUCAAGGGCAGUGUCCGGUUGAACGCCGAUCCGACGGGGACAUGUUCCGAUCGAGACAUCCUAGCGGCUCUCAAGAGCGUCCAGCUUCUGCCUGCGAUUCAAGAAAAGGGGAAUUUGUCCACCGACAUCGACGAGAUUCACCUAUCACACGGCCAAAAGCAGCUCUUCUGCUUGGCGCGGGCUCUUCUUCGCCCAGGCAACAUCCUGAUACUCGAUGAGGCAACUAGCAACAUCGACACCAAAACAGACGAAAUCAUGCAACGAGUCAUCCGUGAGAAAUUCUGCAACCACACCAUCAUUGCCGUUGCUCACAAACUCGACACAAUCCUCGAUUUCGACCGCGUCGUCGUCCUGGAUACCGGUCGAAUUGUCGAGAACGGUGAACCCUACGCUCUGCUCACCGACCCCAAAUCGCACUUUAGCAGGUUAUAUGCAAGUGCCAUGGCAAUGGAGGAGUCGGAUUAG